AUGGCAGCAAAGUGCAUCAUACCUGCUAUAAUAGCAUCAUUUGGAAUUGCAUGGGUCUGUGAUCAUACCGUUUCUGACAAAAAGAUUUUUGGAGGCACUAUCCCUGGAACAGUUUCAACCAAGGAAUGGUUGGAAGAGACUGAAAAAAAGUUUCAAUCAUGGCCCCGAACUGCAGGUUCACCAGUGGUCAUGAACCCCAUAAGUCGCCAAAAUUUCAUAAUUAAGUCUCGAUCUGAUUCGUGA